AUGGCUGAGGCUCAGACUGCUAGCAUGCCUUUUGAGAAAGAAUUAGGUGCCACUCCCGAAGCCUUGCCUUUGGCUACCUGGCUAAUAAAAAAGACUACCAAGUUGUAUAAAACGCUGUGUAAUCUGCGAGGCACAUGUGAUACCGAUUGGAGUCAUCUGCCUCAGGAACAUUUGCUUAUCCCAGAGAUCCCUAGCGAAGGUAAAUGCUCCCCCUCUACAUUUGAAAAGGAAGGAUGCCUGGAACUCCUUGCAGAGGGACUUUUUUCAUUUAGGAUAUUUUUGGAAUACCUGCAGGAAACUUUAUUUCCCAAGAAACCGGAGCUAACUCGGUACUUGUGGCCAGCAACAAAGUUUCUGGCCAAUAACUUGAAGUCACAGCUGCAGAAUCCUGACGGCAUGAAACCUAUACCUGAUGCCAUUGACGAUGAUCUUGCUCAUAAGCUAGCAAUGCAUACUGGUUGGACACCUGCAAUUCUCAGGCACACCAUACUUAGAAGGUACCUGAAGUUUAUGGAUACAGCUGCAAGUGCAAUUCGGUACAUAAACACAUCAUAG